GAUCUCAUUUGAACUAUUUUUCUCAAAGAAUAAUUUUAAUUUGAGCAUUUAUGUACAUCCAUUAUUUUACAUUCUUUUUAUUAUUUAAACAUUAUUUUAUCAUUUUUGAAAUAAAACUAAUUCAUUCACUUGAAUAAAUAAUGAUUAAUUCACUUCUCUUAUAUUCUAUCGAAAUUAUGAUUAUUUCAAUGUAUUUGCUUACAUUAUACCAUUUAUAAUAUUGUGUUAUUGCAUUCAUAAUGCUUGUAAGACCAAGUGUUUAUAAACAAUUACAACAAAAUGAAGAAGGAGAAUCCGAACGAAAAGGACAACCAUCAUCAUUACAACGACAAUACUUCAAUGCACCCAAAUUGGAUUAUUACUAUUACACUUAUUUAUUAAAUAAUCAUCCAGAUGAAAUUAAUAAGCUACCAGGCGAUGUCAAUAUUUCCAUUGAUAAAUAUUCAUCUUCUCCAUUGUUCAUUAGUCAAUUUCGUAAAAUGGCUAAAAGUAAAUUAUCACAUUUAAAUCGUUGUUGUAUACUGAAUACAAAUCGACCAGCUUCAAUACCCGAAGAAGAGGAGGAGGAGUUGGGGGAAGAAGAAGAAGCAGAAGAAUACAUAGAAGAGGAUAAUGAAGCAGAAAAAGACUACUUUAACAAUAAGGAAAAAGAGACACAGAUGCAUGUAGAAGAUGGAGUUGGUUCACUGGGACAAUGUUUACACUACAAUGAAAAUAAUAAUUUUAUAGUUGAAAACUGUCAACAGUUAGUCGAUAAUUAUGCUGAUAAUCAUCUUAUCGAAGAAUUAGAACGAAACGAAGGACUAUAUGAAAAUUAUCAACUAAAAAGAUCAUCCUUUCGUCAUAGUAUUAUUUCGUGUAUUAAAGGUACAACAAGACGUUGCAAUAACCAGUGGAAUAUCACUAGUUGUGGUGGUGAUGUUGACGCUGAUAUUUGUGAUCGUGGAAUUUAUUGGCCUGAAGAAUAUGAUCGGAUUUCAUUUCAUGAUAAUGUAAAUUCCUAUCAUCAUAGUGAUUAUUGUAAUAAUUAUGAUGAAAAUAAUAUUGGUGGAAGUAAUGAAAGUAUUUUUAUCAAAUCUGAACCGUUAUUCUGUACUCCAGAAACACGCACAAAAUCUAUCUACAUUAAUAAAUACAAGAAAAAAAUGAAAAAUAGACGAAGAAAUUCGGUCAGUUUCGAUUUGUCGUCAACAUCAUUGUCUGACGAUUGUAAUUUAGUAACAGUUAGUCAAUCUUCUGAUUCCGAUCAACAUUGGUUUGGUUCUGGACGUAAUUUAUGGCUGCCAAAUAAUAAUGGAAAUAAUCACUGUAUUCAUAAUGAUAAUAGCAUUAGUAGUAUUAAUAAUAAUGUAUUUUAUACGGAUUCAAAUUGUACAACUUCAUCUCGUGAAAUUCUUGAUUCUCUUACUUUAUGCUCAAGUUGUAGCAGUUCAUGCAAUUAUUAUAGCGGCAACAACAACUAUUCUGAUCAUCAUCCUAAUUACCAUUGUACAAAUAAUAAUGAUAAUGUCGAUUCUCGGAAGACAUUAAUAACAAAUGUGACUUCUAGUCCAAUCCUUCUUCAUCAUCAUUCUAUAAAUACUAAAUCUGAAUCAAUUCAAUGUAAAAAUGGUAAUAGUCAUUCUGUUUCACCACUGUCUUCAAUUAACAAUAAUAUUAAUAAUGGUGAAACUAAUGCAGUCAGCAAUGCAAUUAGUAUUCAAUCAAAAAAUAACAGUACUUCACUGUCAAAUGUUUGUUUUGCCAGUUCUCCACGUGGUAAUACUGUUAUUACACAUCAUCCAGCCAGCCCUUUUGCACGUGUUCCUCGUGGUGUAGUUGGAAAAAGUGAAGUUCAUGUUAAAACCCCUAUCCAGUCAAAAUCAUCGGUAUCCAUGUCUAAUGUCUGCAUAACUGCCACCGUUACCACCCAUACAACUACAUGCAUUGAUAAUUUUUCUACUAAUCAAAAUAUUCCUGUAACUAGUAUUUCUACAACAGAUGGUUCAUCUUGUGUUUCAACUGACCUUCAGUCAGAUUCUUCUGAUUGUUCUCUACAAAAUCAGUCUAGUCAUGUAAACGGUGAUCAACAGCCAAAUUCUAUUCCCAGUGAGCCGAAUCAAUUGAUAAACUUGUCUAAGACAAAUUCUGCAGAUUUACAAAAUUCAAUGAAUAACAAAGUAAAUAAUUCACAUGGAUUCGGUCGUAGACGUUCUAAUGUACCCAAUUCUUAUCCAACUUAUGAAGAAGCUUGGGAUUUAAAAUUAGCUCGUCAACUUGGUGUCGGUGUAUCACGUCUACCAUCAAUUAUUCCGCUAUCAUCAAAUGUUCAAAAUUACAUUCCACAACUUCCUUUUUCUAUGCCUUCCAAUACCUCUACAAAUAAUCAUGAUUUAAAUAUCCCAAUAUCUCCUGUUUCUGUUUACAAUAGAAAUAAAAUUAGAAAUAAUAAUUCAAAUUUUUCACCGUUGCAACCUUUGUCACUGGAUAAUAAUAUUAAUAAUAGUAGACAAUGUUCAACUGAUGAUUCUCACUCUAUUGAAUCUCAUUUGAAAUUGUUGAAUAUUUCAACAUCGACAUCCUCUUCGUCUUCUUCAUCUUCUUCUUGUUCAAAUGAUAAACUCAUAAAUUCAACUAGUAAUUCUGAAUUAAUAUCAGUAAUGACCACUACUAAUCAUGUGGAUGCAUCAAAUCGUGCAGAUCAUGUGGUGGAUACAAGACUAGUACAUUUGGAUAAAUUGGAUCGAAAAUCAACUAAUGGUUCAUUUCGUCAUGAUGGACUAAUUAAUAAUAAUUCUAAUCAUAUGGUGUUAAGUGGGAAAACAGAAAACAACGGUGAAUAUGAUUACGCUUAUAAUGGUUCAUGGAGUAUGGGUGUCAAACUCAGUUUAGAUCUAGCCAUCAAUAAUUCAUCAAAUGAUACAUCUUUACUACCAAAUAUACCAAAAUAUAGUAAUGCAACAACAACACCUACAACAACAAUGAUUAAAACGGUAAAGUCAAGUUUAAAUCAUCCUCCACCCUCUUCACAUCAUCAACACCAUCCAAAUUACCAUCACCAGCUUAUACAACAUGGUUUAUCUUCUUCUGGUCAGUUACAAGAGUCUAGUAAAUUCAUUUCAAUUAAAAAUACUAAUGGUAAUGAUUUAAAAUUGAAUUUGACUACUCGUCCUGUACAAUCAGUUUUAUCUAAUGAUCUCGAUAGCAUUUCUACAAGUAGUUGUGAUGAUUCUUGGGAUGCUCAACAUGGUCGAUUAGUUUCUAAAUUAAUGAGUGGACGUUUUAUAGAUCCUAGUACUAUUAUUUCAAGCACUGGUAAAUCUGGAAACGCAACAACUACAAUAAUGGAAGUGAAUAAUGAUUUCUUGACUUCUGAAACUUGUAAUUCUUCUGCAACAAAUAUGCUUACAGUUCCUAGCCUGUCGUCAACCUCCUCAUCAUGCACGUCUUCCUCCACCUCUUCGUCGUCAUCGUCAUCAUCAGUAUCGAUGGCCUCACAUGUAGUAAUAACGUCAGUUGCUCCCCCUUCUCAUUGUGCCAGUUCUAUGACACAGGUGUUUGAUCACUUACCUUCAUCUAAUGUUAAUUUACAUCAUUCAAUGAAUUCAGUUAGUAAGAAUAAAUUGUUAUCUAGUCAAAAUAACCUACCGAAGGGUUUACCUCCUCAUUUGGAAACAUUGUCACUUGAAGAACAACCAUGGUUUCAUCCGUCAUUAACAAGAUCAGAAGCUGAAGAACUAAUACGGAAUGAACCAGAAGGUAGUUUUCUUGUUCGUCCCAGUGAAACAUGCCCUAAUGACUUUUCUCUAACUAUCAAGUAAGUUACUGUUAUUAUUAUGAUUAUUACUAUGAUUUGUCAAGCUAUUUGAAAGGCCUUAUUGUGAAGAGUGAUUUACUGUUAUUCAAGGUAUAGAUUAGUUUACUUGGCUUCAAGCCACGCUCUGAGUAUAAGGUUUAGCGGUAACACCUGGUCUCCCAAACCAAAGUAUAUAGAGUGCUGUCCGAACCCGAGACUUGAUGGCUGAGUGUUGAGUGCCUUAACCGCCGAGUAACUACUCUGCAUAUUGCGUAAAAUAUUGUGUCGUUUCGUCUUUACAUAUUAGUCUUCAUCAUGAAGAGAUAGCAUUUCAUAAAUCAAUUAGUACAAGACAGCACAGAAUAGCUGUUUUGUAUUUGUGUAUGAAACUUAUCAGUAGUGCUCAUUUAUAAUCUUCCUUGUGGAUGGGCCCAGGACCUAAGGGUUUUUCAUUAAACAUAGAACCUUGUAAAUUAUGUCAAGUGUAAAUCAAAUCUCGUUCACGUUCCCAGCUUCACCUGGUAAUUAAAAGAUAUUUUCCAUUUCAAUUAACUGAAAUCUUUUGGUAGUUUACCGGAAACUGUCUUAUUUUUAUUCCGAAGCUACAUUACACUACAGCAGCAACGGGGAUAUUGCAAUAGUAUCGUAAAGCCUUAGUUAACUUUAAUGUCUCACUUUUAAAUCCAGUUACUCAUACUCAUAAUAAUUAUAAUUAUUUUGCACUUUUUAUAGUUUGGAUAUGAUUUAAUGUUAUCGGUGAUUAUUUGUCCUCUAUUACUUCCUACCUCACUGAUUUCACAGAAUACAGCUUCUCGUUGGAUAUUUGAAUUAAUUCUUAUCCCUCUCGUACAAUUUACGACCUACUUGAAUCCUACUCAUCUGUUUUUAAUACAUACAGUAAUUAGAAUGUCUAAAGUGUUUUUUUAGUAACUUUGAUCAUGCCAUUGGCAGUUAAGCAAUUGAAUGAGUUUUAGUGCCUGUUUUCUGACUAAUAUGAUUAAACGAUUGUGCUAAUUAAAUACAUAUUGCCUAUUUAACUUCGUAUAUCUUCUGUUGACUAACCACGUUGAUACAAUAUAGAAAUAGAAAGCCGAAUACGAAUUACAUUCAAGACGUGUAUAUUUCAGAUAUAUUCAUGUGACCACGGUAAACUGAACCGAAUGAAUAUAAAAGUUGCAUAGAUGCAAACAGGAGUAACUGCAUAACUUGCCUAGUGAAUAAUACGUGAUUUAGUUUUUAUAAGGUGUAAAUAAUGCAUGAAUUAUAGAUAACUAAUUAGAGUGUAUAUGCCAGACACACAUAAAAUGAGAACAAUUAAAAUAUGUUCGACGUUAACAGUGAACAAUCAACACAAGUACAUAAGUGGAAAUAGAGAAGGAAUAAUAUCUGCAAAAAAAGUAUAGACGUUCACGAAUAUAAUCUAAUCAAUAAAGUCACAACGAAACAUGCAAAGGUCAGAAAAAGGUCACACAAUAAUUUGUAUCAGUCUGUCAUAUUAUUUUCACAUAUGAUUGUAAAUUGAUUAGGCUUUUAUGCUUAACGCGGUUAGGAAUCAUAACAGAGUCAAUAUAAUUAAAAAAAACUAUAAUUUGUACUAAUACCAAUGGUAUAAACACUGCUUGAUUUUCCUUUUUUUUGUAAUUAUGUUUCACUUCAGACAUAAAUCCUUCUUACAUAUGAAAAUUACACGAAAUAGUACUGGUCAAUUUAUUCUAGGAGAAUAUAGUCAACCGUAUGCAAGUGUUUCACAAAUGAUUUAUCAUUAUGCACGAACACUUGUUCCAGUACUUGGUGCCUAUUCAGUUACACUGACACAUCCUGUAUGUAAACGUAGCUAACCAUUUUCUUAUUCUGUUGUUCAUUUCACUACUGCUGAAUCCUGAUACAAUGACACUGGCUACUCCGUCAGUUUUUCUUGCCUUUUGAUUUUUUGUCUGCUGCUCCUUCUAUCACUGCUACCGCUUUAUUUGUUUCAGAGUUUAGUGCUAUGAGUCUUUUUUUCAGUUGCUUACUUCUCUUUUUUGGGUGCUGUGUUGUUCUUCCUUCUCUUCACUGAUCCUCAGCUGAUUAUCGCGUUUUCUGUUUAGUUUCUUACUAUUCCAUAUCACAUCAGCUUUCCAUACUUGUUAGCGCCUGCUGAAUUGCGUUUAUUUAAUUUCUUCCCUCUAUUUUCGUUACAUAUUUAUUCUUCUUAUAAUAUGCAUUCGUGUAUGUCUGUGUGUAAGGUAACAUAUACAUGUAUUUAGUGUAUUUUUUUCUCUUUAUCUAUGUACAACUUUCCUUCAUCAUCAUCGUCUUCCUCUUCUACCCACCGUACUGGGAAGUUGUUCAUCCAACCAUGUUUACCUUUAUUAUUUCAUUUUUGCAAACUAUAACGUUGUCUUUCUGUAAACAUUUCAAGGAAAUGUCUCUGUUGUUCUGUUUCGUAUUUUGUUUUCUUUGGAGCUGACUCAUUCCCUGAGAAAAGUCAUAAUAAAGUUAGCAAAUAUUAUCUUCCUACAUAAUUCCAUCACCUACAUACUCUUAUUGUGAUUAUUACCUUAGUGCUAUAAUAACAUUCUCAGUUUUAGCUUCUUUCCUCAUUAAUUACCUUUAUUUUCUCUUUUUAUUUAAACAUGUCUACAAAAUGUAAUUUGUGUUCAAUUAUAAUUUUUUUCCCCUUACAUCAGUACAUUUCAUUUUCCUUCAACGAUAUCAGCACCAUUAACAAUUACUACUACUAUUAAUGAGUAAUAAGUAGCAUGAAUAGUUAUUCGCAAAACGUCUCACAUAUUUACCGUUUGAUGUUAUUCUUCAAAACUUCACAUAUAUAUUUUCUUUCAUCCCUUGAAAGAUUAUUAAGCUUUUUCUAUAACUUAUGUAUGGUUCAAAGCAAACUUCACCUUUAUUCUUCAAUUUAUACACCAUUCUAGGUGUUCUUGAGAGAGAUGAACACGAUUUACUUUUUUUAUUCAUUGAACAUAAUCUGUUGUUCCACAUUAUUUGACAGUAUUUAUUAUUACUAAACAGGUUCAAAAUUCAUCGCUGUUGCCAUUUAUAUACGAUUUAUCUUCUAUAUUAUACAGUAUCUAUCAUUAUAAUUGAAACUUAUUACGUUUAUUAUUAUUACUAUCGACUAUAUCAGAUUUUUUGGUAUUUUAAAUCUAUAAAUUCUGUUGAAUAGUCUUGGAUCA